CAUUUAGCUAAAGGAUUGGUUUUUCUUUCCUUUAUCAGUGGAGGUCAUUACUCAGGGAAUAAUUAUUUCUACCUCAGGGAAAAUGACAGAUCUAUGCUGUGUGGUUUUCGUUUUUGUUACAUUUAUUUGGUUAGGAUUUAGCUAUCCUGUAGAGAGAGAUGUGACACCACCGCCGUCAAGUAGCCUCGUUUGUUCGUCUGUGUAUCACGGGCAGUGUAUAGAUACAUACAAGUUCCAGUGUAUGGGUUUAGCUAUUCCAGGGGUCUGUGGAAAUACAACAUCCCAACAUUUCAAUUCCAUAGAUUUUGGAGCCCUCACAGCCAUACAGUGUUGUAAUGGAUGGAAUAUACCCGCUGUAGGUAACGAUGCAGAAGGUAACAAGGACUUUCCAAUCGGUCGGUAAAAGAUUGGCGAGUGUUGCAAAAUCAGUUGUGGUACUUGUUUUGUAUAAAAUUGGAAAAUAAACAUGCACAAGUACACAUA